CGUCUUUUCAUUCAUUUCGCUCUUGGUCGACCACCAUCGUCCCCGGGAUUUGCUUGACAUGGACGUCUCGUCCGUCGAACUGCGCUCGAACAUAGUGGAGUGGGAGGAGGGUGAUGUUCACGCGUGGCUCAUGACGUUAGGACUGCCGCAGUAUGAGAACCAAAUUCGCCUGCACCGCGUCUCUGGAGAAGUACUAUGCCUUAUGGAUGCCGAGAGUCUUAAAGAGAUUGGCAUAGAGACCAUAGGGCAGCGCCUGGCAAUCUUGAAGGCCGUGUACCAGCUCAAACUCGCACAACAGAUACCAAUAGAUGCGGACCAUUACGUGCCUCCUUCCGAAGUGGAGGAGCGCCAAGAACACUUCAACCUUGACAGGAUGUACGACCUGCUUAGGGACCAGGGCGACAGACUUCGCGGCUUGGAAGAGGAGAAUAGGAGAUUGGGUGAUACUUUACAUGCGUGCCUUGAAGACAUCAACGGCCUUCGCUCAUCACAGCCUUCUCGGACAGUGCAUUCUGAAGUAGAGAGUCCAGUGAAUAGGGCACCGUCAUUCAAGUGGGCGUCCUUCGUUAAAUCCGGGCGAUCACCCACAAAAGCUUCGGCGCAAGAGACCAUCAUCGAGACACCACAGUCGUCUCCUCAGCGGGCUGAGCACGACACCAGCACGAAUAGUUCACGCAUAACACCCCUGCCUACCAAUCUAGACAAGCAGCGGUCGCACGCACUGCAUGCUCCGAACCCACCGUCAAACUCAAAUGGGAACGCAAGUGCAAGCUCAAGCACACAGACUCUCGCCCAGCCUCAGCACCCGCGGCCUUCCAGGCAGGAGAGCUCGGACAACCUGAAGAGCUUCAAAGUUAGCCUCGACGACCCUGCCUGGAAGGUUUUACCCGCAGCCCUGAAGAAGUACAAGAUCAAUAACGAUGACUGGCAAAACUAUGCGAUGUUCAUCUGUUACGGUUCUACAGGUAACCGCAUUGAAAGAUGUUUGAGCUAUGAUGAGAAACCGCUUUUGCUGUUUCAAAAGCUGAAAGAUGCGAAGAAGAACCCUGUCUUCAUGCUAAAGCACAUCAAGGACAUCAGAUCGCCAAUUGCUGUCGCUCAGCAGAAGCAAGCUGCACGCAAAGCGACAUCAGAGACAUCCUCGGUGAAGUCGCCGCCGCUCACGGGCACUUCAACAUCGUCUCAAGGGCUCGGCCCACAGUCGCACGACCGAGCGCACCCACCAAAGUUGCAGGUCAACAGCCAUAUAGGAAGCGCAGCACCGCAGAUCAUGACCAGUGGUCCGCACGCACAAUCAGGAUGGCCGGAGAUCAUGUCGCCGGCGGUAGAGAACAAAGACCGGGCAGAAGACUUUGCGUCUGGGAGCACGGAGGGCUCACGUUCACAGUCUACCUUCUCUGCAACAACCGGCACGGCAUCGACAGACGGUACGGAGUCAACUGCGGCCACCAGCACGCGAGAAAUUCCGCCAUCGACCGGCGUCUCGUACGCAGUGGCGAUCUACCCAUAUAUGGCGGAACAGGAAGACGAGUUUGACGUUGUCGUUGGCGACACUUUCAUCAUCCUAUCUCGUGCUCGUGGUUGGUGGGUCGUACAGCGGGAUCCGGAGGGCUCGGGGAAAGUGGAACCCGAUACGUCCAAACAAGGAUGGGUGCCUGCAGGAUGCCUUCUGGAGACCAGUGUCCCGGUCGCCGCCGCUAUUGAGCAGGCUACAGCUAAGGGCGCCGUGGCCACACCGACGCCUGAGGCGGGAUCCACACCUAUCCUGCCGUUGAGUAUCUUGUCCACGAGCUUCCCUGGUAUCGCCUUGAUGGAGUAUACCAAGAAAGGCGAGGAGGAACUCACUCUACAGAAGGAUGACGCUCUGCGAGUGUUUAAGCGAUAUAAUCAUUGGUCAUAUGCCGUCAAGGAGGAAACUGGCGAUCGUGGCUGGGUGCCUUCUUGGUAUAUUGGCAAGGUCCCGACGGCCGUUGGCGCACCUGCAACCCCGAGCUCCAGUGGUGCACACCACUUCAACUCCGCCACUCUGUCCCUCGACGGUGACAUGUCAGUCAGCAGCCAGCAGACGCAGGUAUCGCCAAUGUCUUCUGCCUUUCCGCCGCUUCAGUCGUCACAACAUCGUGCGGGAUACGUAAUCUAGGUCCUCACCUCGAUUCAAUCCUACUCCUCAAUGUCUGGGACAUUAACUUAUUCUUCCAUGUUUCCCUACGCCGAUUCUCUGCUUGUAGUCUACCUUAUACCUCAUCCAUUAUAUGCAUCGCAUUCUAUCCUCCAUUUGUUCGGCUUGGCUUACCCCCCUUCGAUGUUUACUCUCAUCGCUGAUGCCGAUGACGAUCCUGCCACUCAUUUCUGCCUCUUUUUCUGAAUUUCCUUUGCUGCUGUCUGGAAUUUCUGCAUCUUACAUACUUGUGAAAUAUCACAUCAUCACUGAGGACGCCUCUUCGUUCGUCUCGCUUCCUUCGUUUUGGUGUGCGCCACCAGCUCUCCUGUACUACUAUACUUAGUUGAUCGUAACUCGCUAUAUGCGCAACUACACGCCUUCAUAUGAUCAGUGUCAU